UGAGCUUCUACUAAGAAAGGAGAUUUUUUUUUAGAUUGCAGCAUAGAGCGGACUAGCUACUGAUCUUCUUCUUCAACUUCUACUAUUAAUUUCUAUUGUUCUCUUCAAUUUGGUGUUUUGCUUUUUAUGGUUAGACAAGAUAUUUAAAGUGGAUUGCUUUGGAAAAGCAGUUAAUUAAAUGAAAUAUUAAAUGAAAUAAUAUUCCUAUAUUAUUUUGGAUGUGUUGUGAAUUUGUUUGAUAUGUAUAUGUGUUUGUGGCUAUGGAGUAAGUGGACGUAAACUUAAAACUUGAGGUAUUCAGUGGGCCUUCAGGGGUAUUUAAUGGACCUUUGCACAGUAGGGUGAGUGCCGUGAUUAACUCCGGACCAAUGGUACUUAAAGGAGGUGUGUUACAAAAGUAGUCUCUUUUGUAGUUCAUAAUGAUUUUGACUUCCUUUAGACUAGCAUACCAGUUCAAGGAUGAAGUGGUCUCUUUAAUGGAUAGACUACAUCCGUUUUUAUGUAUGAAAUCUGCAAAAGCAAAGAAGGUUAAGAAGGUUAUCCUGCCCAGGUAACUCAGUAUGUAGCAACAAAUUAAUCUUUGGAGUAGGGUUAUUGAUAUGUAUUACCCUUCUAUAAAUGGACAAGAGUAUCCCUUGUAUUCUCAUAUCAAUAUAAUUAUCAUUAAAAAAAAAAAAAAAGAACUAUACCAAUUGGCCAUUCUAUUUCUAAUGUCUCUAAUGAAGUUGAUGCUGCCACUUCAAAUGCUAACCUACUAGAAAAUGGAGGUGAUCUUAAGCCUUUGAAUAGGGGCAUACCAAAAAAUAGUUCAUUCUUGAUUCCUAUUCUUGAUUAACUUCAAUUGGGUUUUUUUGACAGCAUUCUAUCUGGAACAGAGUUUUCUCUCAAGUUCUUAUUUUAAUAUCUUAAAUAUUAAUAAUGUUUAUUUCCACAGAUGUCAACAAAGUGCUCUCAAAUAGGUUAGUGUGUUGUUGUUAAACUCUAGAGUAAAGCCUCCCUUUAAAAGAGGUCUAACAGAAACAUCAAAAAACAAAAAAGAAUCACUUGAUCAUUUAAAUAUUCAUUAUAAAACUUAAUUUUCUUAUUAUUUUACUACAUGUAAAUGGUUUUUUGUUUCGUUUUACAUUUUCGAAGUAUGAAAUUUCAAUAGUAAUUUGCUAAAUCAAAUUGCAAAAGACUUGCCAUCUUAGUCUGUCAAAAUUUGAGAGUUCUUACUUUAUAAUAAAAACAUGUUAAUGUGUUGUGGUUACGUGUUCUGGCAUGCUCACUCAACAUUGGUUCAUGUAUUCAUGCUUAAUUUUUCAUUGCUUAUUGGAUGUAAUGGUCAAGUAGCAGUCAAUGUACAUAAUUCAUUUGCAGAUGCUUAAUGUGAUAAUGCAAUUGAUCAGCAAGUAGAAAAGAUACCAAAUAAAGUUGAUUCAUCUAUUGGAAAGUACAUGUAUAUUGUUUUACUUCUCAAUUUUAUCAAAAUUUUAUUAAUUAAUUGAUUUGAUUUAAAGUAUUGUAAUAUAUAUAUAAAUUAAUACAUGAGAUUCUGUAAUACCCCAAAAUUUUGUGAUAUUUUAGCUUAAGUUAAGGACCUUUGUGUGAGAAAAGAUUGUUUUGGGGUUUAAUGUGAAUAUUCUGAAAGCUGAGGGACUUAAAAAGGGAAAAGAAUUUGGAUAAGGAUGGCUUCAUUUCUUUUUCUUUUUCCUUCUUUCUUUCUUCUCCAGCCCGCGCAUCUGCUCAUUCUUCUUCUUCCCGAAGCCCCCCAAGCCACCGACCUUCUUCCCCCUUGAAAAACCCGGUGAGAUCUUGAUGAAUUUCUCUUCCUUUCUUGUUAAAUCACAAGAUUUGGGGCUUAGAAUCUUCCCUCUCAACCCAGAAAAUUCUGGUUCUGCUCUGCUCUUCUUCCUUGUCCGCCGGCUGCUGUGGGUUUGAAUUUCUGGGCAUUUUUCGGUUUCCGUGAGUUUCCCCUGCAGAUGCCGCUGGCUUCUUCUCCCUGUCAGCUCCGGUUUGCUUGCUGGAAUUCAGGUAUGUUGACAGCCCCAUUAAGUCCGAAAUUACCCAUUUAAUUGUUGGGUUUUGUCCAUUAAGUGCUGCCCUGUGUUUGCCCGAAUUUUUGCUAAAAUGGAGGAGGAAUUUCCUGUAGCAUUUAACAGCAUUUAAAUGUGUUUUAAGCUUGUUUACGUAGAAUUUAGCUUGAAUUAGCUGCUGUGAUGUUUUGUGUGAGAAAAUCCCGGGUGUGAGUGUGGCUUUUGCCGAGCCAUUUUCUCCAUUUUUUUAUCCCGGGAGUUGGUAGCUUAAGUGGGUUUUUGUUUAAUUUAAGUGGAAAUUAGCUUG